CGCAAGCUGCGGAUAGUCUCCGGUGACGAAAAGCAAUAUUUCACUCUCGGGGAAGGUAAUCUGCGAGUGAACGAGAGGCUGGACCGAGAGAGCAUCUGCGAGGCCGUGUCGCCCUGUGUCCUCAGUUUGGAAGCAGUUGUGGAAAAUCCUUUCAAUAUAUUUCACGUCAGCGUUACUAUCCAGGAUAUCAAUGACAACGCGCCGCGGUUUGACAGAGAAUUUGUUGCCAUUGAAAUAAUCGAGUCCGCUCCUCCUGGGACCAGGUUCCCACUGGGCAGUGGCAGGGACCCCGACAUUGGGCUGAACUCAUUACAAAACUACCAACUUACACCCAACCCGUUUUUCUCCCUUGUAGUGAGGGAGAGUCCUGACGGGACGAAGCAGCCAGAAUUAGUGCUGGAGAAAAGCUUAGAUCGAGAAAAGCAGAGAAAUCACCAUCUGAUACUGACGGCGGUGGAUGGCGGGGAUCCAAUCCGAUCCGGGACAGCCCAGAUUAAGAUUAACGUGACCGACGCAAACGACAACCCACCGAUAUUCACCAAAGAGAUCUACAAGGUUCGACUGCUGGAAAACCUGCCGGAGGGCUCCUUAGCUUUUCAGGUGAAAGCUACUGACGGCGACGAAGGUACAAAUGCAGAAAUCACCUAUUCUUUCAGUGACAUCGCAAACAGUGCUCGCCGGCUCUUCGCUCUGGACUCCAGGACAGGAGACGUGAAAAUAACCGGCCCCUUAGAUUAUGAAGAAGGGAAAUACUACGAAGCUAGUGUUGAAGGCAAGGACGGAGGUGGACUGAGUGCGCACGCCAAAGUGCACAUAGACAUUCUAGACGUGAACGACAAUGCGCCAACCCUUUCCCUCCUGCCUAUCUUGAACCCGAUACCCGAAGACUCGGUCCCAAAUACAGUCGUAGCUGUGAUUAAUGUCCGUGACAGAGACGCGGGAGAUAACGGAGAAAUGAGCUGCAAUAUCGACGGCGAUUUGCCUUUCAGACUAGAACCGUCGUCAAAGAACACCUAUAAACUAAUGAUAGCCAGUCCCCUCGACAGAGAAAAAGUCUCAGCUUACAACAUCACCAUCACAGCCAGGGACCGUGGCAGCCCG